AUUUAGUACUAGCAGGCGUACUUGUCAGGGCAGGCCGGCCAUUUGAUUCAUGCAUCUAUCGAUCGUCCAGGUCCAGCAAUAAGCAUAUACUUGUAGAUGAUUUGUUCUUCUUGCACCUGUACUUGUAGCAGCCAGCACAGCAUAUAUACCAGAGUGAAGUGAAGUGAAAGUGCAGUGCACACUGCUCAGCAACAGCUAGUAGCCUACAAGGAAUUAGUAAGCCUGAGAAGAAGAAGAAGAUGGGGUCUGGUGAUUGGGGUCCAGUGCUGAUCGCGUUGGUCUUGUUCGUGCUGCUGACGCCGGGGUUGCUGUGCCAGAUCCCCGGGAGCAACGGCCGCGUCGCCGAGUUCCACAGCAUGCGCACCAGCGUCGCCUCCAUCUUCGUCCACGCCCUCCUCUUCUUCGCCUUCUGCGCCAUCUUCAUGGUCGCCGUCGGCCUCCACCUCUACGCCGGCUAGCCUAGCCCUCCCUUCUUUCUCUUUCAUUCAUUCAUACAUAUUCACUCCUCUAUAUAUUACGCUUUGCAUGUUUGCUGCUACUACUACUUACUAGUUAUAU